AUGAGUUACCAACCGAGCAUGCAAUCAAGAUCACAGAAUAGAGGCUUUAUGGUAGAAAAGCAACACUCUUUUGGACACCAAAAUAACUUUGAAAGGGAGCUAAACAAUGGCUUAGCAUUUGUGAACAACAUUUUGAAGGAAAAUACGAGUUGUGGGAAUUAUGCUACACAGAAUAUUUCUAAUAGGUCUCAUUCACAAAGAGAUCAGCAUGAAGAUAAAGAAAACGUUAAUAACUUCAACAGCAAUCAUGAUGGCAUUGACAAAGAAAAUUGUAUGAAAGCUAACAUCGCUGUCGAAAAUAGACUCAGUUUGAUAAAUGAAGUAUAUAAGCAAAGAAAACAGGAAAGAGCCAUAAAUAAUGAAGCUCAAAAUGUGAAAAGUGUUAAAGCUCCCAAAAUCAACCAGAAUUCUAAAAGAAUGCUGCAGGAGAAAUACGGGAGUUUCCCGAAGAAAAGAGUUGACCAGAGGCUUUAUGAGGAUCAUAAGAAGAGGAAGAUUGCUCAAGAUAUGCGGGAAAAGUUAAAUGUUCUUCAUAAUCAAGAUCUUGCUCAUCCGAAUACACAUAAAAACUCGAUCUCUUCCUACCAUUCUAUCCAGACUUUAUCCUCUAAUGAUGGGAAGGAAAUUGUUAACAGACUGAUGGAUUAUAAAUUCAGGUAUAAUGAGCAUGAAAAGAAUCUUAAGAGAAAAUAUGAUGAUCAAGAAUGCACCUUCAAGCCUAAAAUCAAUGCUAAAUCCACACAAUAUGCUAGCCAAAUGACUUUUGGCAUGCCAUUAGAAUUCAGGAACACUAUUGAUGUGAAAAAGUAUAAUAACAGAAGUAAGAAAGUCAAGAAUGAUAAGAACUGAACUUUUAAGCCACAAGUAUGAGAGAAAAGUAAAAUGAUUGCAGAGAACAAACAAUAUUAUGACAAUCAGCCUUCCAAUGUAUUUGCCAGACUUGGCAAUCUCUCAAAGAAUUCUGAUAAGCAGCAUUCUGAAAACAGCAGUUGAGGGUAUCCGAAUGAGCAUGAUUUUAGACCAGCCAUAAAUCCAAUAUCUGCAGAAAUUGAUAUCAAUAUCAAUCAAGAUGAUAAGCCCAGAUGGGAAAGACUUUACCAGCUCAAUAAUGAACGAGAUUACAUACUCGAACAGAAGAAAAAAAAGAGAGAAUUUGAGAAACUACAAGAAGAGUCACAAUUCUCAUUCAAACCAGAAAUUUUGCCAAAAAGUGUAGAGAGGAGGUCAAAUUCCUCUGUUGGCACUGACUACUUUAAAAAUAUUAAUUUCUCUCCUAAUCUCAACACCAUGAAUGAGGUUACCAACAGGAACUUCAAUCUCAGGUCGCCUGUUCAGUUCAACUACUCUGAAGAGCAAAGAUUCGAUGAACUCCCUAUCCAAAGCAUGAACGUUCAUGAGCGAGCUAAGGUCUGGAAUCAAGCCAGGGAAAAUAAGCUCGAAAAGAUCAGGAAUAAAUCCAAAGGGAUCGGGAUGGAAGAAUGCACAUUCAGGCCAAACCUGAAGAAGGUGAGGUCUAGGAGCAACCUCAAGACUUCAAGGUCAAUGAAGAGGUUCCAGACUGCUAAUAGCAUACAGAAAUAUGUGAAUAGGGUCAGUGGUGUGAGGGAAGUUAGGGAUUCAAAGGAGAUACAAGAGGGAAAGAAAGUGGGAAGCGGCAACAAUUGGACCCAUAGAGCCACUGUUCCGAAAGAGCCGACACUUUCUUACAGAAUGGCUAGGAACAAAUCUAAGAGGAGCAAUGGCUCUGUUGAGAGAAAUAUUUCAAAAGAGUUGUUAGCGAGGAAUGUCUCAGUGAAGAGUAUUGAUACUAAAGAUUAUGUCAAUGGUGAAGAGUUAGCUUGUAGUUUGCAUAAUCAUUAUUUACAAGAAGAUGAGUCUGAUACUAUGCUUCAAGAAAGCAUUAAUUUAGAAAGUCUCCAGAGGAGCAAAGAGAUAGCAGCUGAAAAGCUUAGGUCUAGUAACGAAGGAAGACUUUCUUAUGUCUCUUUACCGAAAUCUGAGGAGCAGAGUAUUUUUAAUCAGAAUCCUUUUUCUAAAUCUCACUCAAGAGUUGAGUUAUUAAAGCAAAAGGUUAUCUCACAGAUUUCUCCUUGUGAAAGGGAUGCAAGGCAGAAAGACACUCCAGAAACAGUCCCAAGAACAACUAAACCUCCUCUUGCUCCAACAGGAUGAAUAGUCUCAAAUAGGCCUAGAGCGUCACUCCAAGAUGCAAUGAGGAUCAGUGAACAGGAAAUAAUCGAAGAUGAUCUUGAGAAUCUUGAAGAGGAACCUCAAUCUAAUAGUGACCUCUCUGAGGACGCUCACUCUAGUCAAGAUAUCGGCGAAGAAGUGUUUGAUGACCUCAAAGGCGUUUUCCAUUCUGCAAUUCAGAGUAUCUAGCAUUGUAGAUAAUAACAUUUCAUAACACAAUUCUUUUAUAAGGAUUAUUUU